AUGUGGUCUCUGGGCGCACUUCUUGAACUGGUUGACAGAGCAAAAUUGGAGGUGUUCUGGCGAACUGAGUUAGAGGGAAAGAUGGACCUGCCAAUCCUGCCAGAAAGUGGAGGGAGCAUUUUCGAGUAUCGCGUCGACGUGGAAGGCAAAUGGGUGCAUUGGGAAGAGUCUGUGGAGCAGUAUGUCUAUCCGAGCACCUGGACGCCCGAAUUCGCCAGCAUUUUGGUGCCAAAUGUGGACAACGUGUGUUCCGGCUACCUGAUUGAACUGAUCGCCAAGCAGAAUAAGUCAGUCCUCUUGAUCGGUGGUGCAGGAACCGCAAAGACUCGAACAAUUGAGAGUUUCGUGGAAAAGCGUGUUGGAACGACGUAUGGCCCACCGGCUGGCAAGAAAAUGACUGUCUUCAUCGAUGAUAUCAGCAUGCCACUGAUCAACGAAUGGGGCGAUCAGAUCGCCAACGAGAUUGUACGCCAAACCAUGGAGAUGAACGGCUUCUACAGCUUGGAGAAGCCUGGCGAUUUCACCAGCAUCGUGGAUGUUCAGUUCAUCGCCGCGAUGAACACUCCAGGCGGUGGGCGAAACGACAUUCCACAACGCCUCAAGCGACAAUUCUGUAUCUUCAACUGCACUCUGCCAAGCAACUCAUCAAUUGACAAGAUAUUCAGUUGUAUCGGAGUCGGCUACUUUUCGGAGUCACGAGGUUUUCCUGAAGCUGUACAGAAGUUGGUCCAACGUCUUGUUCCGAUGACAAGGAUCGUCUGGCAAAGCUCCAAACAGCGAAUGCUACCGACGCCAUCCAAGUUUCAUUAUAUCUUCAAUUUGCGCGACAUGAGCCGCAUCUGGCAGGGCAUGCUCUAUGGCACCUCCGAUGUGGGUCGGUUUUUUAGCGCCUCUUUCACACGCAAUCCAAUCUAG